GGGCCGGCGGGCGGCGGGCUAUGAGGCGCCCACCAUGGUGCGAUGCGACCGCGGGCUGCAGACGCUGCUGACCACGGCCGGAGCCUUCGCCGCCUUCUCGCUCAUGGCCAUCGCCAUCGGCACGGACUACUGGCUCUACUCCAGCGCGCACAUCUGCAACGGCACCAACCUCACCAUGGACGACGGGCCCCCGCCCCGCCGCACCCGCGGCGACCUCACCCACUCGGGUCUGUGGCGCGUGUGCUGCAUCGAAGGCCUCAGUAAUAUCAUCGGCAUCAUCGUCUACAUUUCCAGCAACACGGGCGACCCCAGUGACAAGCGCGACGAAGACAAGAAAAACCAUUACAACUAUGGCUGGUCUUUUUACUUCGGAGCCCUGUCGUUCAUUGUGGCCGAGACCGUGGGCGUCCUGGCGGUAAACAUUUACAUUGAGAAGAACAAGGAGCUGCGGUUUAAGACCAGACGUGAGUUCCUCAAGGCCCCCUCCUCGUCGCCCUACGCCAGGAUGCCGAGCUACCGGUACCGGCGCCGGCGCUCGCGGUCCAGCUCCAGGUCCACGGAGGCUUCGCCUUCCAGGGACGCGUCGCCGGUGGGGCUGAAGAUCACCGGGGCCAUCCCCAUGGGCGAGCUGUCCAUGUACACGCUGUCCAGGGAGCCCCUCAAGGUGACCACGGCCGCCAGCUACAGCCCGGACCAGGAUGCUGGCUUCCUGCAGGUGCACGGCUUCUUCCAGCAGGACCUCAGCAUGCUGAGCCGGAGGACCACGCCCGUGUGAGCCCUGCCCUGCCUGUCCGCGCCAGCCUCUCCCCAGAUCGGCUGCCUGGACCCCCCGGGGACUCUGACCCCCCCACCCCAGGACGGACCGAGGACAGACUAAAGCCAAACCCCACCCUCCCGGGUCCCCAAAUGCUUGGAGGGCUGGCUUAGAGCAAAGCCCCGGGGAAACAGGAGCUGGAAGCGAAAUGGCUGACUUUAUCCCCAAAUGUGGCGUUUGAUGCCGGGGGUCCCAAAAGCUCCCAGGAGGCCCCAGAGCACUCCGGAGGCAGCAUGGCCGAACCCACCUGGGAAACAAAACCGAGCCAUUAUCUCCUCUUGGGACCAAAUCCUGCCUGAAGAGCAGCGUUCUGGGCCCCCCUCCCUGCCUGGCGUCCUGGCCCCCUGGAGCCUUUGGUCACUGGCCAGCUGCUUUUGGACGUGAGGUUCCCGUGUCUGUGAGCCAGAGGCGAGGGAGCUGAAGCUCGUCCCUGCCUCUCUGUCUGUCUGUCUGUCUGUCUCUGGCAGCCGCCAGUUGUUGAGAUGGCCACGACCCUAAGGACAGAGCCUGUGACCACCUGGUGCUUUGGCCUUUGUGCUGCCCUCGGCCUGGGGUCUCCGAGGCCUGUGGAGGUAUCUGAAGGUGGGGGGCUGGGCGUAAGGUAAAGGCUUUCCUCUUCACUUCUGGAAGUUUCUGCUCACAGAAAGGGUAGAGUACGCUAACUGUUCUUCAGAGUCUGGAAGAUUCUACGGUCAGAGGAAAGGUGGCUGAGCGGCCUCCUACUGCGUCCCUUCCCACCCCUGCCCACUGGCCUGAGGAGCAGCACUGUCCCUCCUAGGGGUCAUGCUGGGAGGGAUAGACCCUCCUCCCAGGGGUUGGCAACAGGAGCCUGGACUUUGUGCAAGGGGAGACCCGAGGGUGAACAGAGAGGAAAAGCUCCAUUUCCCAGGUGGCCACUCAUCAGAAAAGCCAGGACACUCAUUCCCUCUUGAAAAGCAGCAGCAGCCCCUGCCCCACCCCACAACUCGCUCACUCUGCCACCGCCCGAAAGCGUCGGUGAGGAAGUGGGGAAGCAGCACUGAGUGGACGUCCCGGCCCCGGGAAGGGAGGCUGGCAGGUGCCACGGCUGGUGUUUUUCUAGCAGUUUCUCCCCUAGAAGCGAGCAGAGAACCUGGAAGCCUGUCGGUCUCAGAGGAUCGCUUUCUGGAGCCAACCCUCUUUUAUACAGAUGCGGGCUUUCUAACGACAAACCCUUUCUUACUUUUUGAAACUUGGCGAUGGCCCUAGAGCAGUUGCCGUGAUCCCAGUAGAAUGUCGUACUUAGAAGUGACGAGCAAACUCUUACCUCAGCCACCUGCUCAUGGACCCCCGGGGUGGACUAUGCCCAGGAGUUCAGUCCGGGUCACAGUCACUGCUCUCCUCUGCCGCCCCAGAGGGUGCCCCCACCUGGCCCGCCCCAGUGGCUGCGUGCCAGGGCCCCUCCGCUUGCUGGAAAUCCUUCCCCGCGUCAAGGUUGGCUCUGUGUGCUCCGUCCAAGCAUGUGCGGCCGGCCCCCACCCUGUCCCUCCUCCUUCUCCAGGCCCUGACACCAUCUCACCAGGCUGGAAGGACGGGGCGAGAUCUGGGGGCCCGUCCCCCAGCAAGGCCACCUCGAAAAGCAGGCAGCCUUGUCCUUCCUUCCAUGUCGGCCACUCCCUCCUGCCUCCCUGGGAGCACCCAUCAUCUCAUGGAGAAAGCUGUGUUCCAAUGAAUCCUACCUCUCACGCUGUCCCAGCAGAGAACGCGGGGCCCACUCUCGGGACCAGGAAAGGGAUCGGAGGGACGGAGAGCAGGGAGCAGAACACCUCAGCGCCUCUGGUCGUCACAGCCUUUCUCCCCCCUCCCCCCCCGCCACCCCUGCCCGGGCGCCAGUCACCCCCCAUUGAAGCCCGCCCAUCCCUGUGCCCAGGGGCUCUGGGCGGCCCGUGCCUGUCCCCCCAACGCCCCAUGCCCUCCACCCUUCCAUCCUGCCCUUGUGUCUCGCCAGUUACACACCUGUGAAUCCUGUACUUACUACUGGUUUGGGGUUGUUAGUUCUGUCUUUUUUUUAAUUAAAUAAAAACAUUUUUAAA